AUGCAGCCGAACGGCACGGGCGACUUCCCAGUGCCAGUGGCCACGAGCGGCGCGCCCACCGACGAUGGCCAGAGCACACGGCAGCUACCCGCCAACACGACCUUGUCAGAGGAGGUGCCGCCCGCGAGCUUUCGAGUUCACAUGCCAUACGAAAGAUCCACCAUCUCCUCCAAGCAGCGCCGUGGCGGCAACCUCGUUCUGUUCGUGAAGUCCAACGAGAAUGAGUCGGAGGCGGCGUCGAGGAGCACACCGUUCUCGCCUCAGCAGCCACAGGUCAACGACAGUGGUGCGGAAGGCGAUGUAGAAAGCGUUAGCGAGGAGGGCAAUGAGAACGUUAGCAAGGAUCAGGAAGGCGCUCCCUCUCUGGUCAUCUCGACAGUUGCGGGCGCGGUUGGGUCGGUGAGCAGCAUGGCCACCGGCGCGACACGCAGGCCCCUCGUCACCGCUGCUCUCGUCCUGCUCUAUUUCAUUUUGCUCGAUCUUGUGCUUUUGAGCGGGAAUGAGCGACUGAACCGUGUGCUGCGCCGCAUGCGGGCUGCGGAGGACGACGCGCUCAUAUUGCUCUCCACCAGCUUGAUCCGUCAGAUGGCAGAGGCGAAACGGGAGUUGCAGGAUGAUGUGACGCAGCGCCGCGGCAACGUGGAAACGGAGGGAUUAGAGAUGGCCCGACACAAGGUGGAGGCUCUGGAGCGAGUGUGUAACCGCAGCAUCUCGCGUCUGCACGCAAAGCUGAUGUUCCCAGGCAGCGUCGAGGACCUGUUAUUUCUCAUUGAAGCGCACGCCACAUACGACGAGAGACUGCGUGAAUUGGCAGCGCACGAGUUGCACUGGACGACGACGUUGAUGGCCGGACACGUAGUGCACGCUGGCGGAGACGGCGUGGAGGAGUCGUCGCCACAUGCACCGGGUACAACACAACCAGCGGCGCAUUCGCCGGCAGCGGGCGGCUAUGCGCACCCUUCAGCAGAGAAGGGGGACACGAAUGCAGCGUUGAACCCGCUGCGUAAUGUUCGACUACAGCAUGUGCGCGAGUACAGGGUACCAACCAAGCUGGCAGCAAGCAGCUAUGCGCGGCGCCCCUCCACAGGGGCAAAAAGCGCCGCCGCGUCGCGACGGCAGUCAGGUGGCACCAGCACAUUUGGUUCCGCAGUAUCGGUGGUGAAGAAGAUGGCGCAGGGACUCCUCGAGCUUAUCAGCAACAAGCUCGUGGCUUUUCUGUUGAUUUGCGUGCUGCUCUCUGCGGUGCUGCGGAUGGGCUGA